AUGUCGAACUCAUCAAAAAAGGCGUCUUUUGGUGGAGCCGGUCAAAGAUCUUCAACCACAGACGCUACAGCAACUUCACCAAGCAGUCAAACCCCCCCACAGUCUCCGCACUCUUCGGUGAACGGCCUAGGUAGGUCCCCUUCUACGAGACAAUCCCCCGGUCCCGUCUCCGCCCGAGCAGCGGCGCGUAAACCGGGCGCAGGUCGUUCGAAUCUCAGCAUGAGUUCGGUUCCCAGGCACCCUUCAAACCCCGCAGACGAUGACGCGAGAGCUCAGAAUGCUGCCAUCAUCGACGAGCUGAAAGAACAGGUUAAGAAAGCGGAAACCGUGUCAGAUCAGUACCGGAAGCAGUUAGGUGUCUUGCAGUUGCGACUCGAUGAAGCAGUUAGCGAACAGUCAAGACUAGAAGAGCAGGCACAUGAAAAGGAUGUCUCGUUAAAUGCGCUUCAGGCGGAGGUCAAGGAGCUCACGAGGCAAAUCCGCGACUUACAGCAAGCCCAUGAGGCUGAACGAACUGGAAUGGCUCAGGAGAAAGAGCAACAGGGAAAACGGGAGGGGGAUUUGCAGUCAACCAUCCAGCGCUUGAAAGAAACUAUUGCGCAAAAGGAACUCCGCAUGAACGUCGAGAAUGAUCGAAAUCUCUCCCGAUCUCCCAGCUUUCGGAAAAGAGCCUCAGCAGACAUCGAAAAUGGACAAUUUGCGCCAUCUUCGCAGCUCCAGCGCAGUCCUUCCCGCAACAACUCGAAGCUGAUUUUACAGAAGGACAAACUCAUCGAAUCCCUGAGGCUCGAGUUAGCGGAAGCCCAGAUCAAACUCGUCGAAAUGGAAAAUAUGGGAGGUGGUCGCCACCAUGAGUUAGAGCGGGAGCUUCUUGAAGCAAGGAUGGCAAAUGCCCGUCUGAUGGAAGAUAAUGAGAGCUACCAGCUCCUUUUGAGUGAGAAAACGCUGAAUGGAGAUUUCUCCAAGGGAGAUUUCAUGCAUGAGAACUACCAGGAAAACCAACAGGCGAGUAGCGGACUUGGAUCACUUGCGGAUGAACUUGACUCGGUUGGUGAAGGUGGAGAUGUUGACUCUCGUCGACGACUCGAAGGAGAAAUCAAAACCCUUAAGGAUCAAAAUAAGGCCUUGACCCUUUAUAUUGAAAGAAUAAUAGGACGCCUCCUCCAAACCGAGGGAUUUGAACAUAUUUUAGACAAAAAUGACAGUGAACGUCCUGAGAAGACCGAAGGUGCCGGACAGACAUUGCUUCAACGGGCAAGAUCCGUGGUGUCAGGCCAAAGCACCCGACCCAAGCCCAAGCAACGGACUGCAAGCAAUCUCACGCAGUCAACAAUCGACGAACCUCAUAUCGAGAGCCAGCCUACCAUGAAUGAGAAUCCUGAUACAGCACCAAGUAUUCCCAUAGGACGUUCCAGACACCGAAGGACACGAUCGGACCAAGCGGAUGGAGCCGCUGCUGCGGUCGUGGGUCAGAUGUAUCGUGGACCCCCGUCCAAUGGCCCAAUGAGUCCCGGAAUUAGCCCUACAUUCUCCUCGGGCCAAGGUGCGUUCUUCUCCAGCUCUAGCAUGGCGGCAAAACGCUCCUCUGUCGCCGUUGGAUCUGUUUCAAGCAGACGCGUGAGCACCUCGCCUAGCGUGAGGAGCGAUCGCAGUGGUGAGGUAGCCUCAACAACCGAAAGCACAUCCAGCCCCCCACUUUCAGGCCCGGGAAUGAACAACUAUACUGGCGCAGUAAUGACGCAGAAUAAAUUGCGACCGUUGCGUCUUGUUCAGGAAAACAAGGAGCUGGAAGGAGGUGAUGAGCAGGCUGCUGAUGAGGAGGCACGUAAGAAGGCGAAUCGCGGAAGCUGGAUGUCCUGGUUCAAUCGUCCUGGUCAAACGGAGCCUCUUCCUGGUGUUGCCUCGGCCACAUGA